GAGCAUGGCCGCGGCCGCGGCGGGAGGAGCCCCGGGUCCGGCCCCCGGCCCCUCCAGGCCCGCGCCGGCCGCCCGGAACCCGUCGGCCGUGCCGCGGAGGCGCGGGGACUCCCGGCGCCGCCAGGCCGCCCUCUUCUUUCUCAACAACAUCUCCCUGGACGGACGGCCCCCGAGCCUGGGUCCCGGAGGCGAGAAGCCACCGCCGCCGCCGCCACCGCCCACCGAGGCCCGCGAGGCGCCCGCGCCGCCGCCCGCUCCACCUGGAGGCCUCCCGGGGCUGCCAGCCAGGCCCGCGCCCCAGGGCCUGCUCAGCCCCACGACGGCGCCCGCCGGCCUUGGCCUGGACGGGCAGCGCCAAAGGAGACGAGUCACAUCUCAGCGCUGUUCCCUUGAGUUUCUGGAAGACGCAGUGGGAUGUGCCUCGGUGCAGAGAACCAAGCAUGCAUCUGGAUCACCAAGACACAAAGGCCUGAAGAAAACCCACUUCAUCAAGAACAUGAGGCAGUAUGACACAAAGAACAGCAGGAUUGUACUCAUCUGUGCCAAGCGGUCCCUGUGUGCGGCCUUCUCAGUCCUGCCCUAUGGAGAAGGCCUACGGAUCAGUGACCUGAGGGUGGACAGCCAGAAGCAGAGGCACCCAUCCGGCGGCGUUUCUGUUUCUUCUGAGAUGGUCUUUGAAUUGGAAGGCGUUGAGCUGGGAGCAGAUGGAAAGGUCGUGUCUUAUGCAAAGUUCCUGUACCCUACUAAUGCUCUGGUAAUACACAAGAAUGACAGCCAUGGCUUGCUGCCCCAGCCUCGGCCCAGCAUCCCCAGGGCUCCACCAGGUUCAAGACACAAACCUGUGCCUACCAAGUCAACACCAGCUGGCACAGAACUAGGAAGCGACGGGGGAGAUGCAGUAGAAUACAACCCCAACCUCCUGGACGACCCACAGUGGCCAUGUGGGAAACAUAAGCGUGUGCUCAUCUUUGCUUCAUACAUGACCACCGUUAUAGAGUAUGUGAAACCUGCAGACCUCAAGAAGGACAUGAACGAGACCUUCAGGGAGAAGUUCCCUCAUAUCAAACUGACACUGAGCAAAAUUAGGAGUUUAAAACGGGAGAUGCGGAACCUUUCUGAAGAGUGCAGCUUGGAGCCUGUGACCGUGUCCAUGGCCUAUGUGUACUUUGAGAAGCUCGUACUGCAGGGCAAACUCAACAAACAGAACCGCAAGCUGUGUGCUGGAGCCUGUGUUCUGUUGGCCGCCAAGAUCAGCAGUGACCUCCGCAAGAAUGAAGUGAAGCAGCUUAUUGACAAGCUGGAGGAAAGGUUCCGGUUCAACAGGAAAGAUCUCAUUGGAUUUGAGUUCACGGUGCUCGUGGCUUUGGAACUGGCCCUGUACCUCCCUGAGAACCAAGUGCUACCUCACUACAGACGCCUCACCCAGCAGUUCUAGCCCAAACAGUGCACCCCACAGGGAGGCUGCUUUGGCAGGAAGGCGAGUAGCUUGGCUAGAGCACUGACUAGUGUCCCUGUUCCUCGUCCAGUAACUGCACUUGCCCCUCACAGCCCAUGGCACUCUUGGCUUCCUUGGAAAGAGACACUGUUUUUAUCUUGGGGUGGAGCACACCUCUCCACCUUUGAGACCCUCCCUGUUGAGAAUUUUCCUGAAGCACAAGAACAGCAUGGGGCUUGGCUUGCUUUUCAUGAGCCUGAGACCAGCCUGGUUUAUGUUGUGAAUCCUGAGGUCCAGCCUUCAUUUUGCCUACCCAUGAAACCAUUCCUGUAGACCUAGGUGUCCAGACCUUCUGAAUUUGCUACAACUGCCAGGCUUCUGUCUUCUGGUGCCUCCACCCAAGCAGAGCUCCCCAUCAGCACUCUUUUAUUUUUGGCCAAGAUACAGGAAAGGGCAGGCACCUUGAUUCUGAGUCUGCUCUCACUGGACCUUGUUAAAGCAUCUGCCACUGUGAAACCCAUGUCACAUGCACAGCAGUGCUUGGCCAACCCCUGCCUCCUGCCAGCACAACUUUUCCCUGUGUCUCUGUACCGUUUUAAGACAACCACUGAGUGUAGGCUCUUGACUUUCCUAAGCAGUAUCAUGAUGGAGAAAAGUUAUAACUUGAGAUUUGGUCUCUAUGGGAACAGACAAUGGCCCAUUAAGGCCUGCUGCUGACUUUGAACCACACUUGAUCCUCAAGCAGGAAGGUACCGAUCCUGCUACCUGUCAUCUAGGCCAACUUGCCACUGUCUCCCUGUUGACAUCAAGAGCUAUCCUCCACCACCCCAGGCCUGUUAUCCUUCCCUAGAAACUGGUCACCAGCCUGGCAGAUGCCAGCCCCACAGCUCUUCACAUGCUUGGUUCCACAGUCUUACAUCCUCUCAAGCCUGACACCAACCAACCACCUAGGUCUAUCAGAUCAGUAAUAGCUUAGACAGGAGCCUUGAAGGAUAGCAAAUACCAGUCUUUUCCUGUCCAUGCUUAUGCUGGUGUAAGCAUGCUAUGUCUCAGCAUCUUUGGGUGCAAGACAUCGAUCCUGCAAACAGGCUAUCUUCAACAAUAGGCAGCCCCAUCAUUGUUUAAAAUGAACAUCUUAGGUAUGGCUGGCUGAUGGGAUAACAUUAUUUAAGCUUCUAGAUGUAGUAAGGUAUAUUAAUUCUACCAAGCUGGUCUGCCGUUAGUCCUUCCCUCAGCUACGCUAAGAGCUGCUGGUAUGUGGUAUUGAGCACUGUUAAAGUCAACCCUUAAACCAAACAUGGGCUAAACAGAGUCCUAUAGACUGAGUCCAGAAAUCUGAGGUAUAUCCAUGGUGUCCAGCUGGACUGUGACCCAAUGCCACAGACCUGGUGCUGCAACUGCAGCACUCAACAGGACACAGCUGUGUCAGACCUCACAAUGUUGUGUAUGUCCAGUAGGUUUUGAAUGGAAGGUGUUAAAAUGUUUUUGUUAAAGUAAAACUUGUUUUUGCAACAUA